AUGGUCAAUAACGUCAAUUCAUCAUCGGCAGUAUGUUUUCUUACUCGACAAGCUGCAUUCCAUGUCUUAGAGUUUGCUUCUCAACUUGCUACAGUUACUUCAUCAGUCGAUGUUUUCAUCCUAAUUGAUCAUAACAAUGUGUCUAUACCAUCAUCACCGACAACUUUUCGGUUCAUUCAACUCAAUGAAACUUUGGUCAGCAGAGAAGGCUUCCAAAAGGCGAAUAUCUUCGGCUCGAAGAAAAUUUGUUCAGCAUGGGAUAAAGCUCUCUACCAUUUCACACGAAUUGCAACCAACUACUCCUUUGUUUGGUUUGUCGAAGAAGACGUCUUCAUACCUACAACCCAAGCAUUUCUUUCUCUGCAUGAACUUUACUCACCAUAUUAUGAUUUGAUUACUGAAGAACUUAUUUAUCAUCACGAGGGCAAUCCUCGUAGUUGGUAUCAUUAUUACUCAGCACCAGGUACAUUUAUUCCUCCGUGGGUACGUGGAAUGGUAUGUGCCGUGGGAUGCAGUCGUCGGAUGCUGUCUGCUGUCGAUGAAUAUGCACGAUGGCGAGGUGAAUUAACCUUUCUCGAGUUUCUUUUUCACACGAUUGCUGCUCAUGAUAAAGAAAUGAAAAUCGUCACACCGCUGGAAUUGAACACGAUAAUUUUCCGACAACAAAUUUUCUUCGAACAAAUAAAAAAACGACCGAACAAUAUUUGGCAUCCAAUGAAAAAUUUCCUUCAGCAGAUCAAAUGGAGACAAAAUCUUAUCAAUAUCGUUCUAGCCGACAAAAAUCAUACUCUCAACAAGUUUCAUGCUUUAAAAAACAGAAUAAUCAACAACAUCAAUUCGAACUCCAUCAGUGAUCUCAAUCAUCUUCUCUCUAUGUUCGAACGCGUUAAACAUCAGUUCACACCUACCGAAAGACAACAACUUCGACACUUAUUCGUUCGCUUAGCCAACGAUCAGUCCGAAGAAAUAUCUUCCCUACUCCAUCGACUCGCUGAUCACGCUUUCAAGUUAUCAGAAGCACACAUCAACACAACGAUGGAAGAAGAUAGAACUGAGAAGUAUGUUGCAUUGGAGAAUAAACUAGUAGAGAAUAAGAAGACGAUUCUUUGGUUGGUGAAGAAUGGAAAUGGAAGUGUGGAUGAGAAGGGUGAAAUAGGUAGACUUCGACGAGAAGCAAAGCAGCUGACACUGAAUCUGACACGAGAAAUUCAAUGUGAACGACGAUAUAUCAAAUGCAACCGCAACCGUACAAAUAAGUUGAUCUGGUUGAAACUCAGUAAUAGGGGACCUUCUUCUGUCGAUUUUGAUGAACAAUUAAUUGCGUCAGGUGUGAUGUUUUUAGGCAUGUUCCUCGUGUUCUCGAUUUUGAAAAGAAUAAAAUGUUUUUGCUAA